GUUAUCAUGCUGUCCGACAUUUCUUGUUUGAACUAUCGUGCUUUAUCGUUUCAACUGAAUGUUUUCAACGUCCAAUAAUUUAUUUUUAGUAUUAUUUCAAUUUAUCGAUUCUUUAUAAUUUAAUAGAAAGAUUAAACAUAUCAAUAGUUGAUUUUUUUUUUAGUCCAACAGAUAGCUUUGUCUAAAAACAAAUCGUUCCCAAUUCCAAACGGUAGAAACCUGUUAACGUGCGAAUAAAUAUUUACUCCCUUUUUAAAUAAAAAUUGGCUGUAUUAAAGGUAUGGCAAGUGGCAACGUAACCAGAUCGGUUGCAACCUCGUUUCUCACACUUUGCGAUUUGCGUUUAAUCAUCAAUUUUAACAGAUUCAACUAUGAAGGGUUCAAUAAUUAAAUAGUGUUCUAUGUGCAAGAGUCGUGACGGUGACCGUCGAGGAUACCCGGGUGCCAAAAAAGUCCUGUAAAUAGUUGGAUUUUGUGAAUUUGUGUAUUUGUAAACAAUGUCGGCGAACAGAGACGAGGCCGGGACGAGCGAGAAGAAAAUCAAAUUCCGCUCGAUAAGCACGACGGCGGACCCGAAUUAUAUGUUAAACAAGGUCGAGGACAUUUAUUUGCCCAGGCCGAGGUCCAAAUCCGAAUAUAAGUUCAAACAGAAGGAGGAGUCGUCGGACGAUGAAGAUGACAAAAAUCCUUCUCUCUGGGAGUUCCUCGGGCUCGAACUACGAAGGAGCUACGCGCUCGAGCACGAUGAAGAACAGUACGCUGCAAGGAGGGAGAAGGUCUAUUCGUUUAUGAAGAUACCGCCUGAAGUCGAGAAAUUCAUGAUUUAUGGCUUCAUGCAGUGUGCAGAUUCUUUUUUGUUUGUAUACACCUUUCUACCUAUUCGUUUUAUAAUCGCUAUAUGGACCUUAUUAACCAGGCCGUUUCAAACAUGUUUUGGGUUAAGCUCGCAAUCCGUCCUAAAUGCUGGCCAAAUAUGUGAUAUUUUAAAAGGUUGCAUUCUAGUUAUAUGCGGUUUUGUAAUGUCCUACAUUGAUACGUCAAUGAUGUACCAUAUAAUCAAAAGUCAGUCUGUCAUAAAAUUGUAUAUAUUCUACAACAUGCUUGAGGUUGGAGAUAGACUGUUUUCAGCCUUUGGUCAAGAUGUGAUCGAUGCCCUUUUUUGGACUUCUACUGAGCCAAGGGAUCGUAAAAGAGAACAUUUUGGCACUCUGUCUCAUUUAAUUUUUGCCAUAAUUUAUGUUUUUCUUCAUGCACUACUUGUAUUGUGUCAAGCGACUACUUUAAAUGUUGCCAUAAAUUCCAGUAAUAAAUCAUUGCUGACGAUUAUGAUAUCAAACAAUUUUGUAGAAUUGAAAGGUAGUGUUUUUAAAAAGUUUGAUAAAAACAACUUAUUUCAAGUUGCUUGCAGUGAUGUAAGGGAAAGAUUUCACUUCUUUAUUCUUUUGUUUAUAGUUGUUAUACAAACAAUGAAAGAAUAUGCGUGGAAAAGAGACACUUUAGUUAUACUAUUUCCUGAUUGUGUACAGGUUAUUUUCUGUGAAAUACUAGUCGAUUGGAUAAAGCAUGCAUUUAUUACUCGUUUUAAUGAAUUGCCUGUUGAUGUUUAUCGAGAUUAUACUCUUUCCCUUGCAUAUGAUAUAGCACAGACGAAACAGAAAAAUGCAUUUUCUGAUCAUUCUGACCUCGUCGCAAGAAGAAUGGGUUUUAUCCCUUUACCAUUAGGAGUCGUUAUGGUCAGAGUGUUUAGCACGAGUGUAAGAAUUUCUUCUGUGGAAUCAUUCUUGGUUGCAGUGCUGGGCUAUGUAACUCUUCACUCAAUUUGCCUUUUAAACAAUCUAAUCAUUUUAGUCAAAGCAAGUGAUUUAAUUGAUAAACACCAACAGGAAAGGGAAAGAGAUGAAAAAUCUAAAGCUCCGAGUAUCAAAGACUCAGCUACUAGUCCUACUAGGCCAAUUAUAUCGGGACAAAAUGAUGCCAGUGUUGAUGCACACGACCUCCAAGCUUCCAAUCUGACUUCAACUGCAAUUUUUGCAAACAGCACAGUCAGCAUGCAUGAUGUCUGUCUGAACGAGGAAUUGCUACGAGUCGGUGUGAAGACACUUGAGAGUAUCGGGGAAGAUGAGAUAUCCCGCUCGCAGCCAAACAUUCAAAUGGAGCCAUUACUCGAAGAACCGAUUGUGAUUCUGGAAGGUGACAAUUUAAAAAGGGCUGAGUCGGAGCCAUCUAUACCACUCAUUACAGACGGUGCAUCAGCCGAAAACGUAUGACCCAUGACGUACAACUGUGAGGCACUCCAUUUCAAAAUAUCGAUCUCAUUCCUUCCACAUUGAAAAUAGGACCGUUUCAACUUUACAGAAAAGAUUUUUAAGUAAAUUGAUAUACUUUACAAUUGAUUUCUUUAUAGUCAUAUAAAAUGAUAAUGCACUUUAAAAUGUAUUUUUUCAUUGUUUUUCUUUUCUUGAAACUGAAUUGAAAGGAUUAAAGGAGAAUGCUGAUGCCUUAGAUUUAUUCUCGCUAUUUUAGGGCUGUGAAAUUAUUAACUAAA